UCAUAUUUUGAUGAUUUAAUAGUUGUGUUUACUUUUUAAAUUAAUGCUUUUAGACAAGUCGAAGGUAUUUGUAUGGCCAGACAAGGCAGUACUUUUGUUAUUGGAAAUGUACCGAGAAAGAGAAGAAGAUUUCUCUACUGGAAAACGUAGCAAUAGAAUCUAGACUGAAAUUGCUGCUGCGAUGAAAGAGGCGAAUUCUUUAUAUGAAGUGACUGGUCAGCAAUGUGCGUCCAAAAUGUCUGGCUUAAAGCGGACAUAUAAAAAUAUUGCUGACUUAAAUAAAAAAAGCGGAAAUCAUACAAGUUCGUGGGCUUUUUUUUCGGUUAUGGAUUCAAUAUUUGGUGAUAAAGCUUCAAUUAAUCCUCCUGCAAUUGCAACGAGUGAUCCAGUGAACCCUUUUAAGGAGUUAUCACCAACAUCAUCUACGAUCUCGUGCUCUGACAUAAGAAGUCCACAGAGGAAGAAAAAACGGGUGGAACACGUUUUGGAAGAAUUAGUAAAAAAUAUAACUGUUUCCGAGCCAUUACUUAGAUAA